AUGGGUCUGCUAGAGGGUAGGAAGGCUCAGCAGAGGGAUCUGGACAGGCUGGACAGGUGGGCUGAGACCAGUGGUGUGAAGUUCAAUAAAAUCAAGUGUUGGGCCACAGCAACCCCGUGCAGUGCUACAGGCUGGGGACAGAGUGACUGGAAUGUGGCCCAGCGAGAAAUGGUGGUCGACAGCAGGUUGAACAUGAGCCAUCAGUAUGCCCAGUGUGGCCAGCAGGACCAGGGAAGUGAUUCUUUCCCUAUGUUCAGUACUGGUGGGGCUGCACCUCGAGUCUUGUUCUGGGCCCCUCAAUUCAGAAAGGACAAGGAGGUGCUGGAGCGAGUCCAGAGAAGGGCAGUGGAACUGGUGAAAGGUCUGGAGCACAAGUUCUGUGAGGAGUGGCUGAAGGAGCUGGGGUUGUUUAGCCUGGAGAAGAGGAGACUCAGGGGAGACCCUGCUCUCUACAGCUACCUGAAAGGAGGUUGUAGCCAGGUGGGGGGCAACCUCUUCUCCCAGGCAACCAGUGAUAGGAUGAGACGACGUUGUCUUAAACUGUGCCGGGGAAGUUUAAGGUUGAAGGACAUUAAGAAGAAUUUCUUCACAGAAAGGAUGAUUAGACAUUAGAAUGGGCUGUCCACAGAGGUGCUGCAGUCACUGUCCCCAGAGGUGUUUAAGGAAAGUCUGGAUGUGGCACUCAGUUCCAUGGUCUAGUUGGCAUGAUGGUGUUAGGUAAUAGAUUGGACUUGAUGAUCUCAGAGGUCUUUUCCAACCUAAUUGAUUCUGUGAUUCUGUGAAAAAAAAAAAAGUAACAGCAGAAAAAUCUUAAGGAUUUGCAGCUCUCUCUUGCACAGUAUGUUAUUCAUCAGUAUAUGUGAAAAAUUAGACUGCUAAAUAUUUUCAAUGAGAUAUUUAUGUAUAAAUACUUGAUCAUAUGUGGUAACAGUCUUUGGUCUAAAACAUUCCAAUGGUUUGGAAACUGCCAGCCUUCAAAUGAGCAGUCAAGACUCUGGGAAAGAUGGGAGGGAUGGUAAUUAGAAAAUGCAAUGAAGAAUAUAUUUUAAUAGUAGCAGGCUAUAGUGAGUAAAUAACUAACAUGAUCCCAGUUUGGAGGCAGAAACUGGAAUACUUUAUUGGACUCAUAGCUUCAUAGAUAAAAGGUUUAGGGUUUACAUGUUCAGCAGGGGGUUUACAUAUGCAUCGUAUUAAAAUUGGGGACUUUCCAGAGAUGAGGUAAAGGAGAAAUCCUAAAUUACAAACUUUUGGGUCUUAGCACCUACAUCAUAAGGGAAAACCCACUUUAUCUGGGGAAUUUUACAGGGGGGAACAGGUAUUGGAUAUACAUAAUGCAAGGGAUACAGGGAAUAUAUAUGCAAAAAGAGGGAACACAAUGGGUUUUAUGCAGAAGUCUGAUGAGAUUAGGAUGUGGAUUCUCUGGCUGGGGCAGGACAUGUGAUAAUAUCAUGUAAGGCAUUUCUUUGAAGAGGGCAGGAAGAGUCCACAGAGAUGAGGUCAGUGAAAAGGGGUUUUUCCAACUUCUGUUCCCCAUGACAUUCUGCAGAGACCACUCACAUUUCUUUCUGCAGAUAUCAUAUUUUGGAACCCAACAGCAGGCUAAGCUUAUUUGCAAUUUUGUUUGGUGAACUACUUCCAUCAUGGUUGGUAUUGCUUAAUGAAAGACAAGAACAGGAAUGAAGAAGACCUGGUGAGGUGAGAAUACCUGUAUUUACACUGUGCUACUGCACUGGUUAAUAUGUGGAGGCUG